AUGCUAGGCGCCUCCGGUCUCCUGGCAGAUUUCACAGUUCCUGUCGUCCCCGUCUUCAUCUUUCUGUUUGGGUUCGGAUACGCCUACGUUACUCGUCAACGACGACCCAAGAGUACCUUCCCAGUUCCUCCAGGGCCCAAACGUCUGCCAUUCAUUGGAAACGCUUUACAAAUUCCGUUGGAGGAGCCUUGGAAGACAUACAAGGAAUGGACACGGCUAUACAGCAAUGUCAUCUACAUGGAAGUCAUCGGUCAACCCAUCGUCAUCCUUAACUCCUUCUCUGGAGUACAAGACCUCCUUAUCAAGCGAGCAGCAAAGUACUCUGAUCGUGCUACCAUCCCCGCAAUCGAAAUGUAA